GUUUCUUCGUGAUUUAACAUCCGAUCAUUCCGAGGCACAUCCACCUACUCUUCCAUCAACCCGACGGCACAGUAAUUCAGCAGGGUUAACGACGUUACAGGAGGGUCUGAAGAGCGUCAUGUCGGGCGAUCUUGACCUGUCACCCCCCGAGGUGCCCGAACCCACCCUCCUCGAGAGUCUCCUGCGGUAUGGUCUCUUUUUGGGAGCGGUGUUCCAGCUUAUUUGCAUACUUGCGGUAAUCAUACCAUCAUCGAAGACCCACCACGAACAGGAGCCAGAGCAGAGUGACGUGCGAGGAGGGGAACAGGUCAGGAAACCCAAGGGGCCUAUCCCACAGAUUCGACAGAAGAUAAAGAAGGAGAGCAAGAAGAAGAGAUAACCUGGCCUUUUGAGUGUGCAGAUGGGCAUCAGAUGCGGUGUGUGGCACAGAGACUUGGUCAAACCUGGAAGAACUUUGAAGAACCAGAAAUCGGACUGCCAAUGGUCACUUUGUUCUUUGUGCAAUUCCAAUUUUUUUUUUUAAAUUUUGUAUUCUGAAAUGUCAUCAGAUGGAUAUAGCUGCAAGUAUCCAGCAAGCAUUUGUUUAGAACUGCACAGGCAUGGACACAAUGAGGGACUGUUUGGGCCAGAGAGGGAGUGUAUAGAUGGGGCAGAACAAGUGACAUCAAGGAUGCAUUCAGUAGUUGCAACUUUCUGAUAUGGUGCAAACAUUUCACAAUUUGGUUUGCCAGUUGUUUAAAGCUGUCUGUGUUACUGUGCAGCUGUCCUCCAAGGUGGUUCUGUGGUUUUUGUCGAAAUGCAGAUCACACUGAUGUGGUGACCACAGACCAUGUUAGCUGACAGUGUCACCCGCGAAUUUUAGCUGGUGUUGGACAGCUUUGUUUCAUGAAGUCUAACUCAAAGGCGUGCUCAGUUUGCAUCCAAAAUGCAUUCCAGAAAACUCCAGGAUGCAGCGUUUACUUUUUCCCCCCAUAUACCAUCAGAAGGAUCAUUUCCCGAUCCCUACCCCAGUGCAUCCGUGGAGAUCCCUCUCUGGGAAACUGUUCUGACUCUUGAACGCAUCCAUGCAGCAACAGAUGAACAAGGGUAAAGAAUGAGAGCAGGAUGGAAAAAAGUGUUCUUGACCUGAAGCCAUAUAAAGAUUCCAGUAUGUUCAGACUGGAAAGAGAGUGCUCUCUUCCGCUGUCAGACCAGUUUUGCUUGUUUCAUGCAUUAAUUCCGUUUUGAUUGUAGCCAUAACGCUAAUAAAAGUACCA